CAGCCGCAGCACAGGCAGUGACACACCGCACGUCGUGUUAUCUCCGCGUGCACACCAUGGUGGUGCGAGCAACGAGGGUUCUUGUGGGCAGGUGCCGCCAGAUGUCGGCCAGGUGCGCCGGCCAACGCCAACGCCACAGCCGCAACUACUACGGUGAGGUGCCCGUGCGGCUGUCGGCUGCGCGAUGCCUCGCCACCGUCGCAGCGGCUCCACCCCAGCCCACGUCGUCGCUAUCGUUCCCCGCGCGGCCUCACAGCAGCAGCACCGCAUGUCGAAGAAGAAGCGGUGCAGCUUCCAACUCCACCAAGAUACGAUCCCCGUCGCCUCAGCAGCAGCAGCAGCAGCAGCAGCAGCAGCAGGGUCAACAACAGCGAUCAAAGACACCGGCAAUCUCUGCCUCGAGGAGAGCGCUGAGGGGGGAGGGCGACAGGAGCAGCCGCGAUGGCGAGCGUUUUGAGGAGGAGGGAGAGAAGGGAGUCGGUUCGAUGAUUAAAAAGGAAUCGGACCGUGUGUGGACUGUGCCCAACAUGAUCACCAUGGGUCGGAUAGCCUUCUGUCCUGUCCUGGCCGGCCUCAUCGUCACCUCCCAGCACGAGCUAGCUCUCGCCGGGUUGUUGGCGGCGAGCUUAACGGACUGGCUUGACGGAUACAUCGCACGGAAGUGGAAACAAACGUCAGUGCUUGGCGGGUUCUUGGACCCUUUGGCCGACAAGGUGAUGGUGACCACGGUGGCACUGGCUCUGGGUCAGCAGGGAAUCGUUCCUGCUGCUCUUGUGGCACUAAUGGUGGGGCGCGACGCGCUUCUCAUCACGGGGUCCAUAGCCUACCGCUUCAAAACUCGAAGAGAAGGAGACGAUUUCUUCGACCUAGACUCCCUCGAUUACAAGGUCACUCCCAGCACUCUCAGCAAAGUGAACACCGUUCUGCAGUUCGGCACGCUCUGGCUGGGACUGACCAACUCCGUCUACCUCGUCCCAGGAGACGCCGUGUUUUCCGCCUUGUGCGUCGGCACCGGGGUGGCCACGUUAGCGUCGGGAGUCAACUACCUCCUUGUGUCCGGGCUGAAGCCCAAGGGAAGGCUCGGCAAGCGCCUCAUGAUUCAGAGGCAGAACCUUCAGGAGCGGUACCGCGAGAGGGAGGUGCUGGUCAGGGAGAGGAUGGGGGCCGGGCGGGAGCGCAUGCGGGUCAGGAAGGCAGAGGCGAGCUCAACGAUAGGCUGAAGGCGAGGCGGCACAAGGUCGCUGGGGCUUUGAAGGACCGGAUGAGUAGAGGAAGGCGGCAGAGAGCCGUCGACGGUGGGACCCGUGUGAAGGGUCGGCCGGCGAACAGGGGCGGGUGAACAACAUCUUCCCUUCAGGUAUCGAGCCUAUCAUAAAUCCGAGCGACCGGAAUGACAGCGAGAGUGGCAAACGGUAUACGGUAUACGGCAUGCGUGACAGCGCUGGAAGACGAUCGUGCGGACUAGAAACAUGUUUUGCAUCCGUUGACCACGCGUCUUCGAGGGGAGGGUGGAAUGGAGACUAAUGCAUCCUUGCUAUUAAUCCUUAGACUCAUGAAUGAUAAAUGCAUAGCUCGGUUGAGCCUUGUAUUAUUAUAGAUUUAUCUUCUUGGAAGAUGCAGGCAGAGGGCGGGGCGUAGAUUGCGUUCCGUGGAAUGUUACCAUUUUAGACCUUUUGUACCAUAAACAUAGACGGGACGGCACGCCGCGCCCAAGACACGCCCCCUGUGUGCCCCCAUGCCUAGACUGAGUAUGCUGUUAUUUUGUGUUGUUCUCAGGCUUUUUGGUGGCACUCGGUACAAUUAUUCACUUUUUUCUAAGAUAAACACCGGGUACUUGCGUCAUAACCCGGUUGACCUUUGCUGUUUACUUGGCGGGCUGAGGGCGUUCCCUGCGGUCUUCCCAAAUCUCCCAAUCUCCCGAUGAAAUUUGCCGAUCGCCCUCUGUGCGGCGUGCCAGUCACGCAAGGGCGAAAUAUUGACAUCGGCAUACCCGUAAAAGGGGGAUCGGGAGUGGUUCCAGCCAAUCCACAAUCCGGCAACCCUUGUGGACAUUGUGUUUGCAGCGGUUGCUGUACCAGUACCAUCUUGUUUGCGCUUCUCGGAACCAAGCUUGAUUGGGAUGGUGCGCAUAUACUGCAAAUGCUUCCGCUCUGUCAGAACCAUUGUUUUUUUUCAUUUUUUACUUUGUUUUAUGUUGGCGAGCAGUGUGAUAACCUUGACGGCGUUCAGACUAGGAAGAACAGGUGGUUGAAGCUUGUCAAAAUUUGUUUCCGCACUGAAAACUGAGGGCAUUGUGAGGUCGGUGCGUGUACGCGGUAAGGAAGGGUGUGGCAAGGAAUGGCCGCCCUCGGUUUUUCCUCUCAAUUCCCGGGAUUAGACCUCGCAGUACGACUUAUUUCACGGGAGAUGGAGCACGCAUCGGGAUUGCAGCGGGGCUGUCGUCGUGUGGCAUUGCUUUUGCUUACGUACGGCCAACGGAGCAAAUUGCCUGGGUAUAGAUGGCUCUGCGCUUUGUUGAACC